AUGGCGUUAGCCGGAGGAAGGGUUUCCCAUUUUCGUGAUCCUGCUGCUGAUGGCCGGACAGCGUUUGUGACGGACGGAGACAUACCUAGUCAUAUGGUGGAUGUCUUGAACAGUGUGGCAGAAGUUGAUGUGAUGCAUCUUGGCGCUGAUAACGAUGAAGCUUCAAGGGAACCCACGAAUGUGCCAGGAGACGCUCAGGAAUCCGCGGCGGAGGAGGUAGAUAAGGACUCGACCGAUUCUUGCUCAGAAGUGAGUGCUCACGACUCAGAGGCCGACAAUGUGUCCAACUGGUCUCCCGACCAAUCUUCCGAGGAUUCCGAUUCCUCUUCGACGAGUUCGUCCACCUAUGAGCCCUUCCCUAAGCAUACCUACACUCUCUACUGCAUGAUGUCCAUCAUGCACAUGAAUACGCUCAGAUUGGCGGAGGACACAGGAGAGCGGGACGUGGUGGGAUAUAUCAAGUGCAGAGGAAGUUCCUCGCUAGGAAGUCGACACAAGUGUUGA